UUGCAUCGCAUAUCGAGAAGCGCUGGCGGUCAAAGACGCCUCCAACUCCUUCCCCGACCUGUUCAUCGUCGACGUUAUCAUCCGAGCUUUCGGGGAAAUCGUCGGUCGCUCGACUCCGUGGUACGAAAGGUUCGAGGCUCUGCAGCUUGUCAUCCACGACACGAACCUCGAACAUCAGGGGCUCUACGCCAUAAGGUGGCUUGCACGUGGUGACGCUGUGCGGCGACUCUGCAGGAUUCUUGGCGCAGUCAUCGUCGUCUUCAUCGAGUACAAGCACAAGCACGUUGCGCUUCUGAAGUCCUUCAAGUUCCACUUCUGCCUCAACUUCCUCGCCGACAUCCUCGCUGAGCUCAACACUCUGAACAGGUUUUUCCAGCGCCGCACGGUAAGUUGAAUCUUUUUCGUUCCUGUCGCAACUCAUUGAGUUCAUUAAUAUCUUGGGCGUGUGUCUAGCGUGUAACUUGUUCUAACAUCCUGUCCUUUGCCCUUGCCCUCCCGCCCCAACCUUCAGGUGGACAUCACGCUCGUCACCCAAGAGGUCGACCGCACUGUCACCUACAUCAAGCACCGAUACAUCGAGUACGGGGAGCGGUUCGGCGGCGGGCUCAGCAAGCAGCUCGACAAGUUCCUCGCCCGCUACAAGGAGGGCAAGGGGUCGCUCGAGGUGCACGGCAUCGCGACGGAUGGCUCUCCCUGCACGCACAAGUUCGAGCUCACGUUAUCGCGCAUCCCGGGACAUGCGUUCGGCGGCACUCCUUCCGACUGCGAAGACCUUUGCACGGCGUUCGCCAAGGAGACAGUGGGGUGCUUGGAGGGGCGGCUGUGGGACAUGAAGCGGAUGGAGGGGUCAAAGCUCUACAAGGUGGACCAGUGGCCCAAGAAGACAGAGGUGCGGGAGCGCCGGUGCCGCAAGUGGGCUGAACAGAAUAUGGCGCUGUUUGACAACAAGCUGCCAGGAGUCGAACUGCGAGCGAUGGAGUUGGAGCUGAAGACCUUUUGCCACAUCAUGAAGACUCAUCGCAAGGACGACGACUUCGCCCAGGGUUUGGCCAAUAUGAUGAAGACGAAGGACUGGUCCAAGUCGUACCCGAACCUGAUGCGGAUGUGGCAGGCGCUGGCGGUGUUGCCCUUGAGCACCGUCGAGUGCGAGCGCGGAUUCUCACGGCAGAAUGUCAUCAAAGGAUGGCAUCGCACAAGCCUGUGCGAUGCCACCCUUGGUGAGUUGAUGACCAUUAGCAUGCUGGACUACGACAUGGACUACCCCCAGAUCGUGGAGAAGUGGAGGCGCAUUAGGCACCGUAGGCAAGCUAGGAAUGUUGAAUUUGAGCAGGAAAUUCCCCUCUUCCCACAGCAGAAGGAUGUUGUAGAGAGCUCAGACGAUGAGAGUGUCGGAGGUGGGAGUGAGGAUGACAACGUGGAUGAUGAUUAUUAGUUAUGUAAUAUUGUGCUAUGCUUUAUUACUAA